AUGGAGGAUCGCCUCAGAACCUCAGCGAAGAAGGAUAUUGAAAAGCACCUCGAGGUUUCAAGACAUAAUAUCUCUACGCACAUAAAAGAUGAGUCUUCCUGCGGUCUUGGAAUAAUAGACUUCGAGGAAUGGCGUCCCUUGUACAAACUGAACAGUAUGAAAAAAGUGGUGGGCCACUUCGGAACGUUGUGUGAAUUUUUGUUCCAUCAAGACAUGCAAGUGUACUGA